CAAGAGGACCGACCACGCAGUGACUUGUGGGUUCAUUAAAAAGUCGCAAUCAUGCCGCCUGGCCCUGUUCAAAUUGUCCAGCCGGAGCUCAACAAGGUUGAUGCAGCUGAAGAAACUCCAGCAACCAAACCUAUUGUUGGUAUUAUAUACCCACCACCUGAGGUCCGAAACAUUGUUGACAAAACCGCCAGCUUUGUUGCCAGAAAUGGGCCUGAAUUUGAAGCAAGAAUCCGUCAGAAUGAGAUCAACAACCCUAAAUUCAAUUUCCUCAACCCCAAUGACCCAUACCAUGCUUAUUACCGACACAAGGUUACUGAGUUCAAGGAGGGUAAAGCCCUGGAACCAUCAGCAGCUGUGCCAAAGGUUAUGCAGCAGACCAUGCAACAGACCCAGCAGCUUCCUCAGAAAGUGCAGGUUAUCCAGGAAGCUAUCAUUCCUAAAGAGCCACCCCCUGAGUUUGAGUUCAUUGCUGAUCCUCCAUCAAUUGCUGCAUUUGAUCUGGAUGUCGUCAAGCUCACUGCACAGUUUGUUGCUCGCAAUGGGCGCCAAUUCCUCACUCAGCUCAUGCAAAAGGAACAGAGAAACUACCAGUUUGAUUUUCUACGCCCGCAACACAGCCUUUUCAACUACUUCACCAAAUUAGUUGAGCAGUAUACCAAGAUUUUAAUUCCUCCUAAAGGCCUUCUGAUAAAGCUGAAGAAAGAGUCUGAGAAUCCGAAAGAGGUUAUGGACCAGGUGAGAUAUCGUGUUGAGUGGGCCAAGUAUCAGGAGCGUGAAAGAAAGAAGGAAGAAGAGGAAAGAGAGAAGGAACGAGUAGCAUAUGCUCAAAUCGACUGGCAUGAUUUUGUUGUAGUGGAGACGGUGGAUUUCCAGCCCAACGAGCAAGGCCACUUCCCCCCACCCACCACCCCGGAGGAGCUUGGUGCCCGCAUCCUCAUCCAAGAGCGUUAUGAGAAGUAUGGCGAGAGUGAGGAAGUCGAAAUGGAUGUCGAAAGCGAUGAUGAGAAUGAUGAGAGGGAGGUGCGGAAUGCAGGCCAUUCUGUGCAACCUGAUCAAGACACACAGGUCCAGGACAUGGAUGAGGGAUCUGAUGAAGAGGAUGAAGGCAUGAAAAUACCGGUGCCUCCCAGCAACCCAAUGCCACCCCCACUGCCCCCAACUCCAGACCAAGUUAUUAUUCGUAAAGACUAUGAUCCCAAAGCUUCCAAAGCUCCAGCACCAGCAGUUGUUUCAGAUGAGUAUCUCAUCUCACCUAUUACUGGUGAGAAGAUCCCGGCUAGUAAAAUACCGGAGCACAUGCGCAUUGGUCUGCUGGAUCCACGCUGGCUGGAGCAAAGGGACCGCAGCAUCAGAGACAGGCAGACUGAAGACGAAGUUUAUGCGCCUGGUAUGGACAUCGAUAGCAGCUUGAAGCAACUGGCUGAGAGGCGUACCGAUAUCUUUGGUGUGGAGGAGACAGCCAUUGGUAAGAAAAUUGGGGAAGAAGAAAUCCAGAAGCCGGAGGAAAAGGUCACCUGGGAUGGCCACUCUGGAAGCAUGGCACGCACCCAGCAAGCAGCUCAAGCUAACAUCACCCUCCAAGAGCAGAUUGAAGCGAUUCACAAAGCUAAAGGGCUGGUAGGGGAGGAUGACACGAAAGAGAAGAUAGGUCCGAGCAAACCCAGCGACACUCACCACAUGCCUCCGAUGCCAUCCCCUGCACCCAUUGUGCCAAAACCUAGCCCUCCGGUUGCAGCAAUGCCUCGCCCGCCUUCCAAUGUGGGGCCCCCAGUGCGCACCACUCUUCUGUCAGCUAUGCCAGUAAUUCCAAGGCCGCCCGUGGCUCCCGUUGUGCGCCUGGCUCCAGGACAAGUGUUAACAUCAAUGCCUCCGAUGAUUCCUGGCCCUCGCAUCAAUGUGGUUCCCAUGCCCCCAUCUGCACCUCACAUGAUGGCUCCCAGACCACCUCCAAUGGUCGUUCCAGCUACAUUUGUUCCUGCUCCUCCUGUACCACAACCCCCAAAUAUUGUUCCUGCACCGCCAUCACACCCGCCGCCGCUUCAUGACGAUGAGCCAAUGAACAAGAAGAUGAAGACAGAAGACAACCUUAUUCCAGAGGAUGAAUUUAUUCGCAGACACAAGGGUCCCGUGGCAGUUAAAGUCCAGGUCCCCAACAUGCAGGAUAAGACAGAAUGGAAGCUCAAUGGCCAAGUGCUCAAUUUUACAGUACCACUCACUGACCAGGUUUCUGUUAUCAAAGUGAAAAUACAUGAAGCCACAGGCAUGCCAGCAGGAAAGCAGAAGUUACAAUAUGAGGGCAUUUUCAUCAAAGAUUCCAACUCUAUGGCUUAUUACAACAUGAGCACUGGUUCGAUCAUUCAUUUGGCAUUGAAGGAGAGAGGUGGAAGAAAGAAGUGAAUCUCUGAAAGAAGCACAAGAUUUGUGGAUCACAUUUUCAAGUCAAGAUGUUUAACCUUGUUGUGUAACAAUUUAUUUUAGUCAAAAUGUUAUUUGUAAUUGUUCUUGUAUUUGGAAUUAUGCAUACUCAUACAUCUUGUUUUCCUAAAUGUAAUGUUAUCUCGAGUACCGGCAAUUCCAAGUGUCUGUUAUUAUAAAUCAUUGACUCAUUUUCUCCAUGAUGCGUUUCCGUUUAAUAAAGAUUUUUAAAAAGAA